UUAAACAUAGCGAAUUUGAUCUAUAAUCAUCACUAAAUUUUUAAAAUAAUCUAAAUUUUUCAAAAUUAUUAAAUAUAAUUAGUUUAUAAAAGGAAAAAAAAAAGAUUGUUGGACCUUACAUUUUUAAAUAUCUAUACUUGUAGAAACCAUGAAUUGACGAUCACAAUAUAUCGUAAAAUCUUCACAAAUUAAUAUUAUUAGGACCAUGAAGUUUUAUUUCUUAUGGAGAUAUUAAUUAACCCAUAAAUCAAUAUUCCAUUUGUUUUUGGAAUUCAAAGGCAUGGUAAAAUGAGUAAAUGUAAUAAAAUGGUACAAAUUGCAUAGAGUAAUUUUGGGGAUUGAAAGCAAAAACCCCUAUAUCCAAAGCAACAUCCCCAAUUUUCAGAAGCCGUGCCGUCUUGGGAGUUAGCAUUUACCAUAUUAUGCUACAAAUUGCAAACUAAAACUUGAUGUAUACUUCAUCUCUUCUGACUUUUUUUCACUUUUUUCUCUAUUAUUUCAACAACUCUCUUCUUUUCUGCUUCCCUAUACAGUUCCAUUUCUCCAUAAUCUCUCUUCAAUUUUGUAAAAUUGCAAUUUUUAUUUUUCUAGGACCGCCGAGUUGAUUACCCUAAUUACCAUUAACAUCAAACAUCCAUUACAAAACGUCCAAAUUCUGAUUAAAUAACAAAUAAAUUUGAACAAUUACUAUGACCUCUCUUACAUUUAUUAUAAUUUAUAUUUACAUCCCUUGUUUCAGGAUCAAACGAUAAGAUCAAACCAUAAUCCCUUAGUUUGAAUAACAUAAGCAAUUAAAGUGUUAUGUUAGAAUUCUAUGAUUUUUGUCAUUAGAAAUUAGUACCAUGUACACAAUUUUAUUCCUUUAUUUUACCUUUUUGAUACUUUAGUCCAUUUCUUUUAAAUUUUUCGAACAAUUUAGUCUCUUAUUUUUUAUGCAUCUCGAAUAUAAACUCAUAAAAUUCUAACAUAACACUUUAGUUGUCGUCGUUUGAUCCAGAAGGAUGCAGGCGUGAAUUAUGAUAAAUGUCAUGAGUGUCAGAGUAAUUUGCUCAAUAACUUUCAAUAUGAUAUGUAAGAGGCGAAAAUGCAGUUUUUUUUAACCACUAACUCAUCAGAUUUUAUAAAGAUAAGAAACUAAUUUCAUGGAAUUUCACACUUCAUUGGCCAUGCUAAUUUAUGCAAAGUCUAUAAGUUGAUGAAAAAGGUUGUCGAGAAAAGAAGAGAAUGGUAAGUGUACCAUAAUGUACUGGCCGAGGCAUAUGACUGGCACUAGAAAAUUUAAGCUCUCAUCACUCGAGAUACGUUGUUGAUGCCUUAAUUUUUGGAUUUUGAGUUGUUCACUCGUGUGCAUCAUAUUUGACUGCAAUAAACAAAACAAUAUUUACAUAAUAUAUAUCUAUAAAUACAACAACAUGAAUGAAUGAAUAAAAAAGCAUAUAUAAAAUUAAAAUUCUACAAUUCUAUUCCUACUGCUCUAGAAGCUUUCAUCCCGGUUUUUACUUCGAGAUGGGGUUCGAGCAUUUAUGAUCAUUGAAUGAUAUAAAUGAGUUGAGAAGCACAUGUUUGUAUUUAAAGUAAUACCGCUGUCAACGAUUUCGCUACAACUGAUAUCCAACCUGUUGGAUAAUUUGCAUGAGCUAUUUUAAAUGGAUGCUACAAGCUCAAAAGCCAGUUCCGUCGCCUCAAGUCCGUUUCCUUCGCCUAACAUUGGAGCUUUACUCAAGAUUAAGAUCAUUUCAUGGAGCCAAGAGACUGGUUUACCUGUUGCAGUUAGCGUUCGAGUUGGUGAAAGAAUGUUCAACCUUCACAAUAAUCCUUUAUCUUCGAAAAGUGGAUAUUUCAAGAAACGAUUGAUCGAGACAACAGAGCUUGAACUGCCACAAGAGUUUCCUGGAGGGCCGGAAAUCUUUGAGAUGAUUGCUUUACUCAUAUAUGGUUCUUCGACAUUGAUUGACCCUUUCAAUGUAGCAGCCCUGAGAUGUGCAGCGGAAUUCCUUGAAAUGACAGAAGAGUACAGCUGCGGUAAUCUAUGUCAGCGUCUCGAUCUUUAUUUGAAUCAAGUUGUAUUGCAAAGCUGGGAUGAUACCUUGAUAGUUCUCCAGAGAUGUCAAACACUACUUCCAUGGUCUGAAGAGCUUCUGAUUGUUGGCCGCUGCAUCGAGUCACUAGCCUUCAUGGCUUGCAUGGAAAUUCUUGAUCCAGAGCGAAGAAGGGACAGGCCAGUUAUUACAUCGGAGGCGUUAAAUGGCCAAGCUUGGAGUUGCGAAACAGCCAAGGAGAUUGUUAUCCAUGAUCUUUGGAUUAGAGACUUAAUUGCGCUGCCAUUUGAAUUCAUCAAAAGAAUUAUAGGAUCCUUAAGACGCCAAGGAAUGAAAGAAAAAUACGUCGCUCCAAUCAUAGUUUUUUAUGCAAACAAAUGGGUUCUAUCUAAAAAGACAAUACAAUUUUGGGAGAGUUCUGGAGAUAGACAUAGCGAUGAAGCAAAUAACAGAGUUUCACUUAUACUGCAGGGUAUUAUUGACUUGUUGCCAAGGAGAGAGAAAGCUAGAAGAGUGAUUCCUGUUGGAUUUUACUUAGCAUUGCUUUCUAGAUCUUUUGAGAUUGGGUUAAAAAGUGAAAGCAAUGCAAAGUUGCGAGAUCAGAUUGCUUCUCUGUUACCCUUAGCUCAAGUGGAAGAUUUUCUAAUUCCGAAAAGUGGGAUACAUUCGAUUUCUUCUAGCAUGGAGUUGACUACCAUGGAAAGCAUAUUUUCUACAUAUGUGUCAUCUAACAUGGAUAUAAACAACACUACUUCGCUAGGAAAUUCGACUAUUGCAGAAUUAUGGGAUACAUACCUCUCUCUUAUUGCUUCUGAUCCAAAAAUGAAGCCCGAAAGAUUCGUAGCACUCGUCGAAACAGUACCAAUAUCAUGCAGGCAGAGCCACGAUCAACUGUACAGAGCAAUGAGCACUUUUCUGCAGGCACACCUAGAUGCAUCGCAAAAAGAAAAGGAAUUAGUCUGCAAAUACCUCAAUUGCCAACUACUAUCCCAAGAGGCAUGCAUUGAAGCAGUUCAAAAUGAGUUGAUGCCCUUACGAAUGAUCAUCCAAGCUCUCUUCGUUCAACAGCUGAAUACACAUCAAGCUUUCAAAGAUUGCUCAGAUUCCUUUAGGUUUCCAAACUGCGGAGAAUUCUCAGGAAGCCUUCCAAGCUCAAGGUGUCCAAACUCCAAAAGCGAAAAUUUAGCUGAGACUACUAGCCCGUAUAGUGAAGGAGCAGAGCCAGCAAAUAGAACGUUGAGCUUUUUGCUGCAAAAAGAUGUUGCAGCACAGAGAUACGAUUUAUCAAGAAAGGAGUAUGAAUCUACGAGCUUUAGAAUUCAGAGCCUUGAACAAGAGCUGCUGUCCUUGAAAAAGAGCCUUCAAUUGCAGAGUAGACCAAAGAGAGCAGAACCAGCGCCAAUCAAACCGCAAACCAUCAAGCCAUAUGGAAUGGAAAGCAGAUCUCUAAGCAAGAAGAGGAACCCACUUGUACAAACUACUGGUUGCAUUGGUUCUGUGAAUUUUGCUUCACACAGAAAGUAUGCUAAUAGGCUGCUCAAAAUUAUCCGCCGGUUCAACUUGUUUGGAAGUAGAAAAACUAAGAGAAAGCACAGUACAUCUGGGCUGGUAGACAAGUCUGCAAAGUAAAAAAAAAAAAACACAAGCAGCAUUUGUAUGUAUGACAAGACAAGUAAAUGAAAAUUACAUAAGUUGUAUAGCUGCAGUUCAAUAUAUUAAAGAGCAGACACCAAUUCCUGAUGAGAAAGUAAAGAGCGAGAUCAUCCAAAAAGUAGAAUGGCAUAAAAUAUGAGCAUGACAGAAGCCAUCGGUUCAGUUUUCAACCAUAUAUAAGACCAAUCACAGUUUGGUACUAACUGGGGGCAUUCAAAUUUAAGAGACGCGCUGGUAAGAGAGGAAGAAGAAGAGACUUUGCAAGAAAGACAUGAGCACUUAAGAGGCAACGGAUAGUAAUUAGUUCAAAUGUAAUGAUUAAUCGUUUCUCUAUUCCUAACCAACACUUCACAUGAAAUCAGAAUCACUCAAUGUUGCUAUCAAGUUUCUUGACCAAAAGGACUAAUAGCAGCACAAUACACUUGUUCUACAAAUAUUCAAUGUACCACCAAUACCAUAAUUUAUAUAUAGCUACAGAAAAGAUAA